AUUUGGUGUGAAGACAUCAGCCGUGAAACACGACACUGUUCUACCACAAUGAUCAGGAGACUGUUCGCUUUGUGUCUUCUUCGUACAGUAUCUCUGAUUCAAACUCCAGAGAGUCCACAGCAGAUCUCCUGGACUGUGGCUGAAGUUGGUGGUUCUGUCAAUUUGUCAUGUCCAUUUGAUGUGCAUGCAAACAGACUUUUUGCCUGGUAUAAACAGUCUCCUGGAUUUAUGAUUCAAACAGUUAUUCUUGGAUCUUAUGGUACAACAACAUUUCUUGAACAAUUUGAUAAUUCAAGAUUCGCAUUCACAAAAGGAGAUGGUCACAAUGUUCUUCAUAUCAACAACAUACAGAAAGAAGAUGAAGCAUCUUAUUUGUGUCUAAGCUUAACGGCAGCUCGACAGACCUUUGUGAAUGGCACAUUUUUGGCUGUGAAUGAUUCCAGGAUGAAAUCUUUCUCUGUGAAACAAAAUCCAGAGACUGAGUUGGUCCAUCUUGGUGCCUCAGUAAACCUCCAGUGUUCACUUUUCUCCAAGAACAAAGGAAAAAGAAUUCCAUGUCCAGGUGAACCGACUGUGCACUGGUUCAGAGCUGCAUCAGGAGAACCUCAUCCAGGCUACAUUUACUCAGACGGACACACGAGUGCUGAGUGUGAAGAAAGGAGUUGCAUCUACAGUCUGUCCAAAACGAUACAGAACCCCUCUGAUUCUGGGACGUACUACUGUGCUGUGGUCACAUGUGGGAAAAUCCUGUUUGGACAAGGAACUACAAUACAGAUAACAGGUAUACCAGGUGGAAAUGCAGGAGGCCAGCACGCUCUCAAUAGGGCAGCGGUAGAAGGACACCUGCAGUUUCUCCUCCAGGUGGUGUUUCCUGAGUAUUCUCAGGAAGUGGAGUCACUGCUGGGCCUUAUUGACUAUGUGGUUGGUGUUGACAGACCAAGAGAGGUCCUCUGUGAUGUAUAUGCCCAGGAACUUGAAGGCAGGAACCCUCUCCAAGUAUUCCCCAUUAAUGUGAAGGGGCUCCAUUGCUGA